AUGACCCUCUCGGGGGACCUCAAUUUCUGUUUCCCGGUGCGGGAGUUAUCCAACGAACGCGUCAAGAUAACUCCGUUCAAGGCAUCAAUUCAUUCGUCCCCAUUUUGUGCCAUCGCGCCAGCUCACCCGGAGCUGUGGGCACACAUGCCUGCUGGCCCAUUCCAAACCGUACAGGAUUUUGACACCGAUUUUCUCCAAGCCAUAGUCCAUCCUGAUCCAGGAAUGGUGUUAUUUGCCAUCAUAGAUAAAACGAAACCAUCAUCUGUGGCAGAUGAGGAAGGCGAACUGGCUGGGAUCAUGUCCUAUAUGAACUCUUCUUCUGUGAAUCUGUGCACAGAAAUAGGGUAUAUCGUUAUCCUUCCCCCAUUUCAAAGGACGCACGUCAAUUCCAAUGCUGUUGGGCUUCUUUUGCAGUAUGCACUGGAAUUACCAUCACAUGGCGGUCUGGGGUUGCGAAGAGUUCAGUGGCAAUGCAGCUCCAUGAACGCCCCUUCUAUUCGCGCUGCCGAGCGACUAGGCUUCAAGAAGGAAGGAGUUAUGAAAUGGCAUCGUGUAUAUCAUAGAGGCAACGACACAGGCAAAGUACAUAAUGGCCGUGAUUUCCCUCGAGGUAGUCAUGGCGAACAAGACUAUGCAAGGGACACGGUUAUUCUUAGUCAUUGUUGGGAUGAUUGGGAGCAGGGAGGGAGGGAGACGAUACAAACAAUAAUGGAUAGACGGCAUUUUCAAAGCAGAUGA